AUGAGAGGUGACGUGGCGUUGGACGAGGAGCAUGCGGCACCGGGAGGAGCUGUUGCGAUGAGCACAGUACAUCUCGCGUGUUAUAGUGAUUCGUACUACGCAGCAGAUAAAGUAAUGCGCACGUCAAACAGCGGAGCUUUUGCGUACGUAGGCAACGUACCGGUGGUGUGGCAAGCGAAGCAACAGUCAGCUAUGGAACUAUCAAUGGCGGAGGCUGGGUUCGUGGUGGCCGCUGUGGGAAUGAAGAGACUGAUUGGUGUCCAUAAUCUCCUGGAAAGAGGUAAGCAUGCACGUUCGGUUGCCGAUGAGCGCGUAUUUGGACUCCAAGCGGCUAUCGAGCAACUGGCAAACGAAGCGACGUCGAGCGUACAGAAGCAUGUAGACGUACAUGUCAAGCUCGUGCGAGAAAGGUGGAAGGAGGGAUUAUAA